UACAACAUCCAAUUAUUUCGCGCCAUUCGCUAGAAAAAACUUAUACGUUUGUAAUGGCCGCUAUCAAAAUUCAAAUUGUUGUCAUAGUUACAAUGUUUGUAUUUUCAUUGUGAAAUAAUCCCAAUUACAUGUGUUUGGUUAAAAAACAUUGAAAAGUUAAUUAAGUUAAAAAAUAUUGCAUAUACAUUUGUACAAACCUCUUUAUAUUCGAGUUUUACAGAAAAGUGCUAAAACUGACAUUGACGUAAGCUGUUAUGGUCUACAGCAAUAUUGACAUUUUUUCCAUAUUCGUAAUUCAAUGAAUUCUAGGUUAUGUUUUCCAUAUAAAAUAAAUAGUAAAAAUGUAAUUAUUAACUUAAAUUUAUCAUCUAAGUGGUUUAAAACCAAAUAUGACAACUUCUCCGACCAGGACAAAACAAAAAUUGUCUCUACGAAAGCGGUUAUUUGUUAAAAAAUCGCCAAAAGUUGGUUGCUAUGUUGAUACUGAUUCUAAUGAUGAAUUCAAUCAGCCAUCAUCACGUCCAAUGUCUCCAGCAGAUCCAUUCCUUGCACAAAGUGCUAACAAUAUUGAGACUAAAGUAGAGAAUUCGAAAAGUUGUAAAACAGCUGGCUGUGAACAAUCUUCUCCUGAAGCUCAUAUAAGCCCUGAUGAUCUCCAAAACGACGACGAAAAAAACUCGAAAUGUUGUAGGAAAUUAUUUAGACGUUCCCGCCCAAAAAGUCUAGUCGAGGCUCAUUCCCUAAAAGAUGAGACACAUUCAAGACCAGAGAGUCCUGUUAAUAAUUCUAGUAAUAGUUUAAGUGACCAUACUCUAUCUUGUACUAAAAGUGAGGAGAUACCUAAAGCAACUGUGUGUUUUCCUAAAGGUGAUGAUUCAAAGAAAAGUUUUGAACAUUCAGGUUCAUUUGAGGGUAUUAAACCUAAAAGUAAGUUAUUUGUAAAAAGGUUGUCAGCCGAUCACUUAAUAUCAAAUGAUACAAAACCAUUGUACCAUUCUUCUUCACCUGAAAGUGAUAGAAGCAGUUCUUUGGACCGUAAAAGGAGAGCCAAGUCAACAAUCACAAGGUCAUCACACACUGGAAGCACAGAUAGCUUGGCUCGUAAUUCAUUGCUUGCUGCACAAGUGCUACGUCUCAUACCAACACAAGAAGCAAAGCAAAGGAAUUAUUUAUAUGGAAGGCUAGCGUCCAAUUCACUUUUAGGCACUGCAGAAUUGGAGCAUGUAUUUCCAGGUCGAGAGGUAAAGAUUUUUGUUGGAACAUGGAAUAUGAAUGGGCAAUCUCCACCAAGAGAACUUGCAGAUUUUAUAUUUCCAGAUGAAGUUAAGCAUGUGCCAGACAUAUUUGCAAUUGGAACACAAGAAUCAUAUUCAGAAAGAACUGAAUGGGAAAUUACUAUACAAGAAGUUUUGGGUCCAUCACAUUUGUUAUUACACUCUUAUUACUUAGGUACAAUACACUUGACAAUUUUUAUACGAAGAGACCUUAUAUGGUUCUGCUCGUUGCCUGAAGAUGCUAGUCUCUCUGUCCGUCCGGGAACAGCAUUUCGUACCAAGGGUGCUGUGGCUAUAUCGUUUGCGCUUUUUGGUUCCACUUUUCUCUUUGUAACCGCCCACUUGACGGCCCAUCAGGAAAAAGUGAAAGAAAGAUUGUCAGACAUUAAAAGGAUUAUACGUUCGAUAGAUUUACCAAAGAAUUUACCUUGUCGCCAUAGAAGUAAAGAUGUAACCAACAAUUUUGAUUAUGUAUUUUGGUGUGGGGAUUUGAACUUCAGACUAGGAGAGCCGAGAGCUGCUGUUUUAAGAUGGAUCGAACAAACACAGUUUCCCCUCCCACCUCACUUACCUCACGGGCUAUUACACGCAGAUCAACUUACGGUCGUUUUGGAAGAUGGAGCUGCCUUUAGGGACUUUAGAGAGGCGCCUAUCAGGUUUCCGCCUACGUAUAAGUAUGAUCCGGGGAGUCAAAAGUUUGACACGUCAAGUAAGCAACGGGCACCUGCGUACACGGACAGAAUAUUGUUCAAAGCAAAGUCUAUGACUGGAAAUUCUUCGGCUGGUUUUGCAGGUCUUCGGCGACUCAGUUCAAUGCCGGUUACAGCUAGUUUAAAAUGUAUAGCAUACAAUUCCGUUCAAUCAAUAUGCACAAGUGACCACAAACCUGUUUGGGGGCUAUUCUCGGCUGCGCUUAGACCUGGCACUGAUGUAGUGCCCUUAGCUGCUGGUCUUUUCAAUCGGGAAGUCUAUCUCGAGGGAAUCAAACGCCGGCGAGCGCUUCUAGACCACGCCCCAGGUACUUCAGCAGUAUGUUCCAUACAGUGACAUUUCAUACGAUAUUUUAUUGUAUACUCUUAGUAUAAAUUUUUAAAUUUGAAAUAAUUGAAAUGACAGUACAUACAUAUACAUUACCAACACAACUUAAUGAAUAGUUACUUAAGUAUUAUUUUCAUAUUUUUUAAUGUACCGUCGGGAAAGUACACUCUAAGUUUAUAUUAUAUACCUAAGAUUAUAUUUCUUUGCUUCAACAGAACUAAAAUGUGUUGCAACAUCUAUAUUUUAUACCAAAAAGACAAUGCAGUCUAUAAAUGACUAUAGACAACAAAAUAUUCAUUUAGUAUAUAUUUAUCUAGUCACGAUUCAGGUUUAACAGUAUUUAAUAAGUGUAAAAAAGUCAUUAGAAUUAUUGAAAUAAUUUAAGGGAAUGGAUAUUUUAGUGUGUAAAUAUUUAUUAUUACUCAGUCAUGACAGAGCAAUUCGCUAUUUGUCUAUGGUUUUUGAGCAAAAAGUUUUUAAUAGAUACAGAUUCUAUACCCUUGCAACCCAUAAGUUACAUCUGAAAAUGUCCAUUCUCUGUCCUGCUCGUUCAUUUGCAAAAACGAAAGGAUAGAAAUAUCAGCUAACAUCAGUAUUAGUAUUAUAUUUUGCUUUAAUAAUAGUUUUAUCGUUACGUUGCACUGAGUGUAUCGCACUUAAGUUUGCCCUUGGCAUUAGUAAGCUAGGUUGUGAUUUUUUUUACUUACUUAAGUAAGUUGCACUUAUAUCGUUGUUAUUGCACGUUAUAAUCUUCCGUUGUUUACUUCGUGCAUCGCACAAUUGCGCUUUGUUUAACUUGAGAUAAGAUUGUGUCAUAGCGGUGUAUAUAACUCCCGUAUAACAAAAUUGUAUUGGUUUUUAAUAUACGGGAGUGAUAAUUCGCUCUAGGUCUUGAUUUGAAUCUUAGGUCCUAUUUCUAAUUCGUCAGAAUUUCUUCUUAACUGCUGCCGGCUCUUGAUAAUAGAUUUAACUUUGAUUGAGGUUCUAGAAGCCUAGAGCUAGAGCUUUAAUCCUACAGAUUGGAGCGUUUUAUCAUUAAGUACAUUUGUUAUUAUUAUCAAUUCAUCAUUAUUAGUCCAAUAUAUGGACAGAUAAAUAUGAUUUAAAUUAGAAAAUGUACCCCAUAAUCAAAGUACGUAUUCAUGCUUGCAUGUUUAUAUAUUUUUGUCCCUGACAGUAUUAGUAAAAUUUAUUUUCGGUAUUUCUUUUAAAUUAUUUUGGAAUUGAUUCAAUGUCAAAUGUCUUUUAUAUGAAAUAGUAAAACAAAAUAUCUUUUCUGAUGUAUUAUUGUAUGAUGACUUUAAACCAUUUUUUUUUUGUGGAACGUGUCUUUUUGUAGCGCGUUUAAUAUAUUUAAAAAGAAGUGUCGUCAUACACUAGGUUUCGAGUAUUUUUCAAAUUAAAGUUAGCACUGUGUUUGAAACAUGGAAAGAAUUUUAUUUAUAUGAAAUAUGUAACCAUGGCAACAACAACCGCACGUGUACGCGAACAUGCCAUCAGUAUUAUUAAACAGCGACUACACGAAAACUAUUGUUCAUAUAGUAAAACUCUUGAUGCACUUGCAUGAUAUAUAACCCAUCAUCGUUGCUAUUUCAAAUAGUUCCGUUAAUUUUUCUAGUGAAUAAUUUUAGAUACAAUGCGAUAGUCUUCUUCAGUGAUCUUAUAUCCUUUAGAGUUAAGUACUUAUAAUGUACUUAAACACUUAGGUAUUGCGUUGAGUAAAAAUAAAAUAAUACCAAAAGUAUUCUAGUCUUAUUCAUUCCAAAUAGAUUUUAGAUUUGUAUGGGACCUUAAAUUAGGGGUAGUAUAUUUCUGUGAUGUAGCUAUAGAUAAAAAUAUCGAUAUAAUAUUCUUACGCCCGAAUGCUUAAAAAUAUGUUAAGUAUAAACAAGGUGAAUCACUUUUUGUGACACUGACAGCUCACAAGUCUACUAUUAAAACAGUAUUUUUCAAGGCUUAAGGCAUUUCCUUUAGUGGUAAAGGGUCACGCCUGUUGCAAAGUAAUUUUGUCUGUAGCUAUAACAUGAACAUGUCAACCCUUGACCCUUGUCAAUGUCAAAUGUCGCAGAUUGGUUAUGGCCAUUUAGCAAAACUGAUUAUUCAUUCCAAUUCUUGGUAGUUUCGGCAAUUAAAAUUGUGUCUUUAACGCUGCGUAAUAAGGUGCAUUUUACAAUUUUGAUGUAUAGAUGCUUUAAAAUUUAUUGUUAUGGCAGGACAUGUCAAAGUGGAAAAUGUAUAUGAAUAAAUAUCUUACACUAAGCAUUGUUGUACAUUGAUUUAAAUUAUUCAUUGUAUUUUCUAUUAUAUAAAAAAUAUAAUAUGUAUUUGUUCUGUACAAAGGUGGAUUUUUGAAAAGCUUGAGUGUUAUUAAAUAUGAUUUUGGAAUCAACAAAGGUAAAUUUUAAUUCACUAUCAAGCUUCAUUUUAACAAGUUAUUUUAAGGACCUUUAUUUGUCAUUUAGAAGUAAGUUUCAUAGACAAGAUUUCAAAAUAAUCUAAGACCGCGUUAUUAUAUGUAUAACCUAACCUUAUUCAACUACACUAAAUCAGUCUUGUGAUAAUCUGUGCGGGAAAAAAGCUGCCGUGGGAAUACAGGACCACGAGUGAAUAUUAAUGUUUCAUGUUAAAAUAACGUCUGUUUAUGUUGACAAUACAGCUACGUUCUGUUAUUAUCCGGAUUUUUAUAAUAAAAAUAAUGACGCGAAUCAAAUAAGAAUUGUAUUAGUUCGGACACCUGACAGACCAGUCGCACAGACUACGUUUUAAAUAAACUUUGGCCUCUUCGUCUUCACAGCAUACAUAGGUGUAUUUUAGAAAGAAAAGAAAAACACUACUAUAGAUGUGUAGUGAUUGGCUUAAUUGUUAUGUAUUGUUAAUGGCAUUCAGCAACCGUAACAACAUAAAUCAUGAUUUUUAUAUAAAGAAGGUUUAUAAUAACAUGUGUAUACUAAAUAGUCCACUAAAUGGAAAUUAUGUAGCUCUAAAAAGACAUUAAACAUUUGCCAAAAAUGUGUCAAUUAUAUUUAUAUAUAUCUGUCAUGAAGAAAAACUUAAAUAUACUAGACUCAUGGAGAAAGUCGUAUCAUGUAUUUAUACAUUUUGAGUUUGAUCACGGAAUCUAUGUCAGGUGGCCACUACUGAGCGUCAUUUAAGGCAGUCACUGCCGCACAUCACCACAUGUGGAGUUACCCACUGAAGUAUUUCCGAACCAAUGCGACUUAGGAUAAGAUCCUAUUAUUACGUACGUACUGUUUUUUCAAAGGCUGGCAUUAGCGAGCCGUUUCAAAGUCUCCAAUAUAAGUAUUGCGUGUUCGGCGGUAGACACUUAUCAGGUCUCCUACUCGAUCGACAACAAUCGUAUAGGUCAAAUAGUAUGAAAAACUUUACCUAGUGGUUAUGCGCAAAACAAACAUUUCUCAUACAAAUAUUUCGUAGUCACGUAUUACGUUGGCGUUUAACACUUUGUCAAACUAAUAGUAGCUACUCGUAACCUUUUGUUUUUUGGUAAUCUAAAUCCAUUUAUCGGGAUAUUCAACAUGAGUGGGUGACUCUAGUAUAUUUAAAAUUAUUCAUACUUUUAUACGGUGUAUUAAAUAGAUCUAUUUAAGAUUUGACAGUGUACUAGAAAGUUAGAAUGUCCGUAGAGUUGUAAUUUUAAAUGUCAUGCUAUAUGGUCGCUUUCUGAUCAAAUUUAGUCUCGAGACGCGAUCCGCUAUCAUAAUAUAUACUUUUGUUAUAAUUUUUCAGUAACAUUGGCUCAUGAUUGGUCACGUGGUCCAUAUGUAUUCGAAUGGCAUACGGUGGGCGAUGAAUACCGCAAAGUUUAUUCUAGAUUAAAUAACUUAAAUAUACCAAAUCCUGUUUUUUUCAAAUAUCACAGAAAAACAUAUAUAUAUAAUUAAACCCUUAGGCCAUUAGGAUUCUGAGAUAUCCUAUCGCUAUUGACAGUUUUUCAAAUCAAUACGUCUUCCACAAGGAAUUCAUAUUUUUAACAUGAUAUUUAUAAGUACUAUGACCGCUUUAUUAAUGAAUGUUUCAACAGUAAUUAAAUGAUUUCAAAGUGUUGUUCGUAUAUAGAAAAUAAAUCUAGAUAAUCUCUACAUUUAAAUUCAAAUACAUUUUCGUAUUUUUUUACCCGAGUCACAAAAAAGUUUUCAUAUAUCUGUUUAUCUUUAUAAAAUAUUGUAAUGUCCUCUCCACGAAAUUGGGAACUGUUUUGCACCUUUCAUGGUCUAUCCUACAUUCCCUUUUGAAUAGAAAAUAUAUCAGUUUGUUCACUACGUAAGGUUCUACUGUCAAUGGCCCAUCGUAAUCUAAUAAGUAGACAAUGAUAUUUAUACAUGAUGGCCACAAUUGACUGAUAAGUUAUGGGGCUAUAACACUUUCUUAGCACACUAGAUUAAUCUAUUUUUUUUAUAUACCUUUCAAAGUUAGUAUAAGUAGCACAUCUAUGAAGUAUGUAACAAUAAAUAUAAUUGGAUAUUAUUUAAAUUGUUAAUUGAUGUUAAGCCGUGGCUACAAAAGCGAAUAAAUGUGUUAGCGUAAUUGUCAUGGUAACGAAAGUUUUGCAAUGCGUAGACAGAAGAAUGUAGUGAAUUUGUCUCAGUCUAUGGAUAUUGUCGUUCUCUUUCUUUGUGAGAGAGAGUAAUAAAAUAGUUUGUCUAUUAGUUACUCCGUCUAUGCGUACAUGGCUAUUUCAUGUAAUCGCUUUUGACAUAUUUUCAAAUAGGAGAAAAAAAUAUAUUUUUAAAUACCUAUUACCUACUAUAUCAUAUUUUAUAAACAAUGUUGUGAGCAUACUAGUCCAUUAUUACUAAUAAGUUGUUUCAAUGUAAUGUUUCGCUGAAAUAAACUUUUGAUGCUGUAA